GGCAACAGCAGCGGCGGCGGCGGCGGCGGCAGCGGCAUCUCUGCAGGUCCGGAGACAGCUGCACGAGGCCAAGUUAUGUUGGUGCAAAUGUCUUUAGUGGAACAACAGGGAUUCUGGUAACAGCAAUGUAAACUUUCAUUCUGUGAAACUUCACAAAUUCCAUACAAUGGAGGAAUUAUACAAGGAUACCCAAAAUCUCCCCAUGGAUGUUACCAGCUCUCCUCCCUCCUUGGCCAAUAACAAACUGGAAAAUGGGGUGGCUCAGCUAAUCACAGCUGAGGCAUGGAAUAUCAACUCAACAGACUUGAUGAAAAAAGCACUUUCACCUUUGGUAACUGUUCCAGCCCCUUCCAUCCUGACUCCCCCAGCAGAAUCACAAAGUGGGGUAGCCCUGAAAGUCGCAGCGACUGUACUUCAGCCAAUUUGCUUAGGGGAUAGCCCAGUGGUCCUGCCAAUACAUCUGCAAGUAGCAGGAAGCACCACACCUCAGAUCAGUCCCAAUAACAAUACCCCCUAUGUCAUGACUACCCAAGGUCCAGUGCCUCUGCCUGUCCUCCUAGAGCAGCAUGUGUUCCAACAUUUAAAUUCUCCAUUGGUCUUGCCUCAAAGUGCUCCCUGCCCCACCAAUCCCAUCCACAGUAAUCUUUUCCAAGGGGCUUCUGCCUCUGUGGGACAACCCCAGCUGCUAGAUCAGAAACCCCCCAGUCAACCCCAAGAACCUGUAUUACCCCCAGUAUUUCAGACACCAGGGUUUGCUGCUGUUCUUCAGGACUUGUUUCCUUCCCAGGGGACUUUAGGCUCAUCACCUUGUCAACCUCCUCCAGAUUAUACUUCCAUCCCCCCUCAACCGUUUAGCUCUCCACUGUCUCCUCUGGUUCCACCAGCUACUCUCCUGGUGCCAUAUCCUGUGAUUGUCCCCUUGCCAGUUCCCGUUCCUAUUCCCAUUCCCAUUCCCAUCACUGUGCCCCAUAGUUCCGAAUCCAAGCUCAGUCCUGACUUUCCCAAGCCACCUUCCUUCAGUAUGUAUUCCUGUAAAGGAACUCAGACCCCUCUAGAAAAGGAAGAGAUAAAACCCUUCAACUUUCUCCAGCAGCGAGAAUUUUCCCAACUCAGCCGCCACACAGUGAUCAAAAUGGGCAAUGAGAAUGAGGCUCUGGACCUUUCCAUGAAGUCCAUGUCCUUGCUCAAAGCAAGUGAGGUCAGCCCCCUGCCAUAUUCUGAAGACAGUGCACUAGACCUAUCCCUCUCUUCCUCCCGAAAGGCAGGAAGUUCUGGGCCUCUCCCUGAAGGAGUCCUGUGUCCCAGUUCAGCCAUGGACAGCCCAGCCCUUCCCUUGAUGGAGAAACUGUCGGGGACGGCUAUCCCUUUCACCCAGACUAAGCCACAUGAAAACUCCAUCAAAGACAAUUGCAACAGCAGUAGCAGCAGCAGCAACUCCUCAGAGCUCCUGAGGCAACAGCAGAAGUGGCUGGUGGACCAGACCAGCCGGCCAGGCUGUGAACCCAAGACUGGAAAUAACAUUGAGAUUGUAAGCACGUCCCAGACAGCCAAGGUGAUAGUCUCUGUCAAAGAUGCAGUGCCCACAAUUUUUUGUGGCAAGAUCAAGGGCCUCUCAGGGGUGUCCACCAAAAACUUUUCCUUCAAGAGAGACCUUCCUCAGGAUUCUGUGCUGCAGUGCUAUGAUGUCAAGGCUCAGGCAGAGUCCAGGGAAAAUGCAGAAUCCCUUAGGAAACCCAUCAAAAACCGGAGUGUAAAGUUAAAGAAAAUGAACUCCCAGGAAAUACACAUUCUUCCAAUCAAAAAGCAACGGCUGGCUGCCUUUUUUCCAAGAAAGUAAAUUAUGGCUUUUUUAAAGAAAAAAUUAAGAUUAUAAUAUUAUGGGGAAAGAUGCACUUGGUUUAAAAAAUGCAUUUAAAACUUAAACUAUCUUUGUAACUUAUUUUUUGGGAGUAGUAGGGAGGUGGGAGGAAAGGAUCAGCUCUAGAUUCCCUGUAAGCUGGUUUGGUUUCUUUUUUUUUUAAUUUUCAACUUUUCCUGAAAGAGUAAAUAAAAGCAACCUAUUUUUCCAGUGGAUUGCA